AUGGAAUCCUCCGCCCAGCGAGCCCUUGGGCUUGGCGAGAUCCUCCGUAUGAUAUUUUCCCGAAGCAUUUGCAGCGAACAGGAAGCGAUGGCCCACCAUUCCGACUUACUGAGAUGGGCGCUCGUGAAUAGCCGCUGGUACCACGAGGCUAUUCCCCUGCUCUGGGCUCGCCCACGCUUUACCCUCGAUAUUAUCAUGGCAAAGGUCCCAUCCGAACGUCGUCAAUACUACACCAAUCAUAUGGCCUGGGCACUGGUGGUCUACCACACUCAGUCUCAGAAGGACGCCUAUGCGGAGAAUGGUCUGCUCCACGGUCUUGUGUUUCCUAAAUUGACCAGAAUCUUUGCGACCGUCUACGCCCCAAAUAGCUAUGUCGCUUAUACUAACUCUUGA